AGAGUCCAUAUCAGCAUAGCCCGGAUCCAACCUUCAUUCCAACUCAACAAACAACGUCGCAUGCAUGCCGACUCUGUGACUCAAUAUUCACUAAGAACCCCUUCUCGCCCAAAUCUGCUCGAAAGAUGCGACUUCUGGAACACAAUAAUGGCGAGUUCAGCCUGACUGAGGACUUCGGCAACGAGACUCGCUUUGCAAUACUUUCGCAUACAUGGGGAGCAGAGGAGGUCGCCUUUAGAGACCUGAUAGAUGGAACCGGCAAGGACAAGGCUGGGUAUCGCAAGAUCCAGUUUUGCGGAGAACAGGCAAGACGCGACGGCUUGAGAUAUUUUUGAGUGGACACCUGUUGUAUCGACAAAUCGAAUAGCACCGAGCUCCAAGAGGCUAUUAACUCUAUGUUUUGCUGGUAUCGCAAUGCAGCUAAAUGCUAUGUCUAUCUGCCAGACGUUUCAAAAUCUGCUUGCGAUGCUGAUGACAAGUCUAACCAACCGUAUUGGCAAUCGACAUUUCGGAAAAGCAGAUGGUUCACUCGAGGCUGGACCCUUCAAGAGCUUAUUGCGCCCGCUUCAGUUGAAUUCUUCUCAGAAGAGGGGGAGCUACUCGGCAAUAAGGCAUCCCUAGAAGGACAUAUCUGCGAGAUAACGGGAAUCCCAGUCAAAGCCAUACGAGGAGGCUCUUUGUCUGACUUCAGUGUCGCGGAGCGGAUAUCGUGGUCAGAAAAUCGUGAGACGACUCGCAAAGAAGAUAUAGCCUACUCGCUACUAGGUAUUUUUGAUGUUAAUAUGCCGCUUAUCUACGGUGAAGGAAGGGAGAAGGCAUUAGGGCGACUUCGAGAAGAGAUCGACAGGGCUUUAAAGGGGAUAAAACGUGAGGACUUCUCAGUCGCCUUCAGCCUUUCGAAUGUAUCCGAUAUUGAAUACUUUGUGGCAAGGGAGGAGGAGCUCGCAGAAAUACACAAGAAACUUAGUGGCGACGGCUCCCGCCGAACAGUUGUACUUCAUGGUCUGGGCGGAAUCGGCAAGACACAGCUUAGUAUUACAUAUGCAAAGCGAUACAAGGAUAGCUACUCGGCAAUAUUCUGGCUGAAUAUCAAAGAUGAGGAUUCUCUAAAGCAGAGCUUUGCCAAGGCAGCCAGGCAAAUAUUACGAGAACACCUCUCGGCCAGCCGGAUUAGUAACAUGGAUACAAAUGCAAACAUCGAUAAUAUGGUAGAUGCUGUUAAGGCAUGGCUGAGUCUGCCUAAUAACACGCGAUGGCUAUUAAUAUUCGAUAAUUACGACAACCCCAAAUUAUCUAGAAAUACAGAUCCCGCGGCUAUAGAUAUCCGACGCUUCCUCCCUGAAUCAUAUCAAGGGUCAAUUAUUAUUAUAACGCGGUCAUCGCAAGUCGAAAUCGGUCAUCUUAUUCGAAUUCGUAAAUUAGAGAAUAUUUGUGACAGUCUCAAGAUUUUGUCUGACGCAUCGAGACGAGAAGGAUUAAUAGAUGAUCCCGAUGCCUUAAAGCUCGCUAAGGAGUUAGACGGACUUCCUCUUGCACUAGUUACGGCUGGAGCAUAUCUUAAUCAAGUCGCGAUAAGUCUGUCAGACUAUUUGCGCUUGUAUAAGGAGUCAUGGGCGAAACUCCAGAAGACAAGCCCUGAGCUAAACUCGUACGAAAACCGAAUGCUUUACUCUACAUGGCAGCUUUCAUUUGACCACGUCGAACAACAGAAUGCGCUCUCGGCUAAGCUUCUUCGCCUGUGGGCAUACUUUGAUAACCAGGAUCUUUGGUUCGAGCUUCUUCAACACGGCGAUUCCACGCAUCCAGACUGGAUACGAGAGCUUGUUAAAGAUGAAUUAAGCUUCCACGACGCAGUACGGGUAUUGUCUAACCACGGGCUAGUGGAGGUAGACAAGUCUUCGCUGGAACGGAUCGAAUCAGGCGGGUAUAGCAUUCAUGGAUGUGUUCACUCGUGGACAGUUCACGUCUUGAACCAAGAGUGGAAUCACGAUUUAGCCAGGAUAGCUCUGGAGUUUGUAGGAAUGCAUGUUCCAGACGAGCGAGCUAUACGGCCGUGGCUAACACAGCGACGGCUUCUCCAGCACGCAGCCAGAUGUUCUUAUAUUAUCCUAAAUGGCUUGGUUAUAGACAAUGGUAUGGACUGGGUAUAUUAUAACUUGGGCUACCUCUAUAAUGACCAGGGCAAGCUUGCCGAGGCCGAGCAAAUGUACCAGCGGGCGCUACAAGGCUACGAGAAGGCACUAGGUCCAGAGCAUACAUUGACGCUUGGGAUAGUCAAUAACCUAGGGAACCUCUAUGCUGACCAGGGCAAGCUUGCCGAAGCCGAGCAGAUAUACCAGCGGGCGCUGCAAGGCUACGAGAAGGCACUAGGUCCAGAGCACACAUCGAUGCUUGGUACAGUUAAUAACCUAGGGAACCUCUACCAUAAGCAGGGCAAGCUCGCCGAGGCCGAGCAGAUGUACCAGCAGGCGCUGCAAGGCAAGGAGAAGGCGCUAGGUCCGGAGCAUAUAUCGACGCUUCGUACAGUUAAUAACCUAGGGAACCUCUACCAUAAGCAGGGCAAGCUUGCCGAGGCCAAUCAGAUGUACCAGCGGGCGCUACAAGGCUACGAGAAGGCGUUAGGUGUAGAAGAUAUUAUGACUUAUAUCCCGGCACUAAACACAAUCUGGGGCCUCGGCUCUCUCUUCGAAUAUCAAACCGAUUUAGCAAAGGCUAAAAUCAUGUACUCAAAAGCUCUUGCAGGAUAUGAGAAAGUUGUCGGACCUGAUCAUCCAGAUUCUUAUAGGCUACGGGAGGUUCUUCAGGCUUUGGAUACCGUGAAAGGGAAAAGACGGCAUAAGCUAUAAUGCACCUUGGCAACCGCAUAUCUUCAGAUUAGCUAUUCAGCGAAUUUCAAAGAAUU